AUGACUACGGACCCUGCUGGUGCUGGUGUAGGUGUUGAGUUGCAGGGCAUUUACGACGGUGUCGUUGCAGACGGUUUAGCUCUGGUGGUCGAGAUGGUCGUUUACGGGUUCUACGCCAGCAUGGUCUUAUUCUCUACAACAAUCAUAGCCCGAAGAGGCGAUCUCACACGAUGCAAGACUAUCAUGCUGACCGUGACGAUCCUCAUGUUCGCCGUCGCGAGCUGUCAUGCUGCGUUCUCGCUAUGGAUGGUAUGGACGAACAUGCGAUUGUCGAUCCUGGGAGAGGUGCCGCCGGAUUCGUUUCGAGGGAUUGUGGUGGCGUGGACGGAUUGUUUACCUUGCGUCAAUUUCAUGUUGAACGAUGCGGUGGUUAUGUGGCGUGCUCGGCUACUAUCUAGACGGAGAGCUCGACGCUGGAUCAUGAUAUGUGGCCUUCUCACGCUCGCCACCCUAGUCGGACUCAUGAUCUUAAUUCUGGUGUACGCUCUCGAUGGGCCGACAGGCCUUUCCAUUCUCGAAGGGGACGGGUGGCAGGCUCUGUUGGCAGCGUAUAGUUUGACACUGUUCACAAAUCUAUGGACGACGGGUGUGAUUGGGUAUGAGACGUGGAUUCAUCGCAGAGUCCUCAAAAACGCGUCUACUCGGGGCUCAGGCACUAGUUCCGGGUCCGGUCCCGGUCUUGGGAGGUCUACAGCCGUUUCUAGGAUGCUCGCGCUGCUCAUCGAGUCGGGGGUCGUGUAUUGUUUCUUACUGAUCGUUUAUCUCGCGAUGUCCUGCGUCUACGUUAGCACCCGAAGCAACCAAGUCGAUCUCCCCUUUAUCAUUGCAUACUCCGCUUUCGCAUCGGUCUGGGUCUGUCUAGCGGGCAUGUACCCCACCACGAUUCUCCUCCUUGCAUCUCUCCAGUCCACCCUCUCCGACAAUAAAAUCCCCGCUAUCACCAUCGCCAGUACAUCCGCAUCUACAACGUUACCGACUUUGAAUUUACCACCAUACGCAUACGGGUACCAUCCUGACUCAAAUCCGAUGAUUGAGACCGCUGAGCUACGGAGAGGAACGGGGAGCAGGAGAGGAAUGGGGACGUCGUAUCGCAUGGAGAGAUUGACUGCAGAAAUGGACAGGGAUGGGGAUGGGGAGGGUGCGAGGGGCUCGAUGUCGACUUAUACGUGUGAUUUAGAAGGAGGACGUGAGAGCAAGGACGUAACCGGUGCUGCGUUUGGAUAA